UGCCUCAACUUCCUAGCGUUGCAAAACCAAAGACCUGAGCCGUAUUCCGAAGGAAAGCGCCAGUUCCCCUACGUCCGACCCCCGCCCGAGUGCCGCACCUUCAAGCUGCCGGCAAUGGAGGCCCUGAUAGAGCGCAUGAAGGGUGUCAUCAAGGACCCGGACCUGUUCCGGCUGUUUGAGAACAGCUACCCCAACACACUCGACACUAUGAUCAAGUGGCGCGGCUUCGCUAACGCGACCGACUCCUUCUCGGGCGAGUCGGCUGUGACGGACGAGGAGCUGACGUACGUCAUCACGGGCGACAUUGAUGCCAUGUGGCUGCGCGAUUCGGCCAGCCAGGUGUACUCGUACCUGCCGCUGCUCGAGCCGUCGUCGGAUCCCGACUCGCUCGCUAGUCUCUGGCGUGGCCUGAUCAACGCGCACGCCCGGUACAUCGUCAUAUCGCCGUACUGCCACUCUUUCCAACCGCCACCUGAGAGCGGUAUCCCGCCAACGACCAACGGCGCUUAUUCGGUGAACCACCCUAAUCCGCCAUACAACCCGCUCGAGGUCUUCGACUGCAAGUGGGAGCUCGACAGCCUGGCUUCGUUCUUGCAGAUCAGCGCUGCGUACCUGGCGCGGACGAACGACCUCAAAUUCUUUGCCAAGUACAGCUGGAUCAAGGCAGUUCGGGCGGCAGUCCAAGCGGCUGCCGACAUGCGGCUGGGGACAUACGACGCCGAGGGCCGGGUCAAGAGGUCGGCCUGGACCUUCACGGGCUAUACGGACCGCGGCUCCGAGACGCUGACCAACGACGGGCUAGGGAACCCGGUCAAGGAGAACGGCAUGGUGCGGUCGGGGUUUCGACCGAGCGACGACGCGUGCAUCUUCCAGCUCCUGACACCCAGCAACAUGAUGUUCGCGGCGUACCUGGAACAGGCGUCAGACAUUGCCGAGGGGCUCGAGGCGGACGGGAACGAGGAAGCGGUAAAUCUGACGGUGCUAAUGCGCGACCUUGCGUUUGGGAUCCGGAGCGGCAUCGCGAGGGACGCCGUGGUGCCGCACCGUGACUUUGGCGACAUGUUUGCGUACGAGGUAGACGGCUUUGGGAGCGCUAACCUGAUGGACGACGCUAACAUACCGUCACUGCUUGCCAUGCCGCUGUGGAACUUUGCUCAGACAGAUGCGAGGGCCCGCAACGCGACCAUUGUGAAGUCGAUCAGGGGACACAGCGUCGCCCGGCACUCCAACGAGACGCUCACGUCGGAGGCAGAGGAGCAAAAGUCCGAACAGAAGGCGGAAGAGAAGGCCGACGAGAAGGAGCAGCAGCUGAAGCUGCCGCAGAAUGACUAUUCGCGCGUCUACCAAAACACACGAGCGUUUGUGCUCAGCUCGGCCAACCCGUACUUUGCGAAGGGUCCGGCGCUGUCUGCUAUCGGCGGGCCCCACCUCGGCCCCGGAAAGGGUUGGCCGAUGGCGGCCAUCGUAGCGGGCCUGACAGCCUACGACGCGCUGUCGGGGCUGGGCAGCGAGCCGGACCGCGACAAGGUCGUUGCCGAGCAGCUGUUCAUGGUGCUGAACUCGACAGGGGGCACGGGCGUCAUUCACGAGACGGUGAAUGCGUGGCAAGAGAACGACUGGACGCGGGCAUGGUUUGGCUGGGCGAAUGGCCUGUUUGGCGAGCUCAUCCUGCGCAUCGCCGACGACGAGGAGAAGCGCAAAAUCCCGAGCGGCCAAGGCAUCCUCGGCCGCUCGUGGCAG